AAGGUUUCCCUGAAGCUUAAUCCUCAAGAUGAAGUUCUUGCCAGUGGCCAUCUUUUUUGGCUUGUUCUGCUUAUGGGUUGAAGAAGUCUGUUCCAAAGAGAAAUCUUCAAAGAAAGGAAAGGGAAAAAAGAAGCAGUACCUAUGCCCAUCCCAGCAGUCAGCUGAAGAUCUUGCAAGAGUACCUGCUAAUUCUACCAGCAAUAUCUUGAAUAGACUAUUACUCAGUUACGACCCCAGGAUAAGACCAAAUUUCAAAGGAAUUCCAGUUGAUGUUGCAGUCAACAUCUUCAUUAACAGCUUUGGAUCAAUUCAAGAGACAACAAUG